AUGGGGAAAAGUUGGGAAGAAAUUCCUUCUGAUAAUGUAGAUUGUCGAUACGUAGAGUUCCUCAACAAUGAGAUAAAUCAGGACACCAAGAUCUUGCCCAACGUCACUCUUGGUUUCCACAUCUAUGACAGCUAUUCUAGUGCAAACCUGGCCUACCGAGUCACUCUGGACCUCCUCUGCAAAUCCCAAGCAUUUGUUCCCAACUUCAAGUGUGGCCUCCAGAACAAUCUCAUUGGAGUGAUUGGAGGGUUUGAUUCUGAAACCUCCUCAUAUGUGGCAGAUAUCUUGGGCAUUUACAAGAUUCCACAGAUCAGUUACUUUGACACCGGCUCCAUGACCAGUGAUAAAUCCCAGUUCCCCUCUUUCUUCCGCACCAUCCCCAGUAACAGAUUCCAGGCCAUCGGCCUCACUCACUUGGUGAUCCAUUUUGCCUGGAAGUGGGUCGGACUGCUUGCAACGGACUCUGAAUAUGGGCAGCAAGGCAUUGAGAUCGUUCAAGAGGGAAUACUCAAGAAGAGGGUGUGUGUCGCCUUCUUGAGCUGGCUUCCUUUAUCACUUGACAUGGCCCGUGUUAGGGAUGUUGUCGGAACAAUAAUGGCAUCCCACGCCCGUGUAAUUGUCGCCUUCUGUGGGUUGGAGAUUCACCCUCUACUUCUUGAACUGUACCAGCAGAAAGUGGAAGGAAGGGUGUUGCUGUGUUCGGAGGCCGUUAGCCAGGCCAGUACCUUCAGAGACCCAAAGGCCUUCUUCAUGUUUGACGGUUCGCUCUCCGUCGUUUCUCAUAAAGGACCUGUUCCGGGCUUGAGGGACUUCAUACUUGAGCUCCAACCUGUAACUUCUUCAGAAGACAUCUUCAUCCAGGAGUUCUGGAGCAAGGUUUUCAACUGCUGGUGGAAUCAGAGCUACGUCCAGGAGGAACAUGACAGACGCUACUGUACAGGGAAAGAGAAUUUGAAGAAGGACACAAACCCUUUUGCCAGCAUGCCCGGUUUUGGCUUGACCUUCAGCGUCUACAAUGCAGUCUAUGCCGUUACCCAUGCCCUACAUGACAUGAUGGAACAAGAGGAGCCAAGAGGACCUAAGAGCAUGGUCAACAGAGCACAAGUGGGAUCUCGUGGGUUCAGUCAUUGGAAGUUGCACCAGUACUUAAGGAGAGUCCGUUUCAAGAACAAAGUGGGUGAAGAAGUCUAUUUUGAUGAACAUGGUGACCCUCCUGCCCUCUUUGACGUCUACAACACUCGUCUUGCUUCUGCAGACCACCUCAGACUUGUGCGAAUUGGACAAGUCAGACCUUCCCAAGCUAAAGAGCUGACUAUUAAUGACAGUGCCAUUGUGUGGACUGGAGGCAGAACAGAGGUCCCCAUCUCUGUAUGUACACCAAGCUGCCAAAUGGGUUAUUACAAACUCCACCACUCAGGUUCACCUACCUGCUGUUUCGACUGCAUGCCGUGCGCCCUUGGGGAGAUCUCAAACCAGACCGAUUCUUCCAUCUGCUCAAGAUGCCCUGAAGACCAAUGGCCGGACCAAGGCCAGACAAAGUGCCUACCCAAAAAGGAACUGUUCCUAGCCUUCCAUGAGCCCCUGGGGGCCAGCUUGGCUAGUGCUUCUGUCUGUGGAUCCAUCAUGCCCGUCCUGAUUCUCGCCAUCUUCAUCACACACCGAGAGACUCCACUGGUUCGGGCCAACAGCCGUGAGCUGAGCUACCUGCUCCUGGUUGGACUGGCCCUGAGCUCCCUUUGCUGCCUUCUGUUUCUCGGGCGACCCAGCCACACCUCCUGCUUGUUGCGUCAAGUUGUCUUUGGGAUGACUUUUGCCCUCUGUCUGUCUUGCAUCCUGGCCAAGACGAUGCUGGUGGUGGCAGCAUUCAGGGCAAUAAGCCCCCGUGUCCGCUCAAGGGUCUGGCUCAGUUCCCGGAUGCCUUGUGCUGUUAUUCUGCCAGGCUGCCUCCUCCAGUUCCUGUUAUGUGCCAUCUGGUCCAUGACAUCCCCUCCAUAUCUCAAGAGAACCUCUUUAUCCCCUGCCAUCACCCUGUCAUGUCAUGAAGGUUCACCCACUGCUUUUUGGGGCAUGCUAUCUUAUCUGGGACUCCUGGCCGGGCUCAGCUUAACUGCGGCUUUCUUGGCACGCAACCUCCCUGAAGCUUUCAAUGAAGCAUCACUGAUCUGUUUCAGUUUAUCAGGCUGCUUUGGGGUCUGGCUGGCAUUUGUCCCUGCCUACCUUACAUCUCCAGAAUACUACUCUGCAGCUACUGAGGCCUUUGCUAUCCUUGCAUCCAGUUUAUCCUUGCUUUGUGGGAUGUUUCUUACUAAGUGUUAUAUCUUAUUGUUUCAUCCCCAACUGAAUAACAGAAGGUGCCUUAUGAGAUUGGGGAAACCCUUUGACAUUUUACCCGCUGUAAAAAUAUAUUCUUCAUGA